AUGCAUCCAGAAUUGUAUUGUGCCUCAGUUACCAUGCAGAUCAAACUCGCUCGAUGGGCCAUAGACAACAGCCUUGAUCACAUAUAUACUUGUAUGCAACUUUGGGCCUUGGUGUUCAACUGCACAGCUGUGAUUUGCAACAGGCAAUGCCCUCUUCACCGAGAUCCAAGAUCUGCUCCAGAAGGCUUCGACAUCAUGACUAGUGUCAGCCACUAUUGUGGUGGGCUCAUGACCCUGUCCAACCUUGGUAUACAGUUGCGCUAUAACUCUGGUGCAAUGGUUGCUUGCUUUGGACACAUCGUCAGGCAUAGCAUCACAUUUACUGGUGAUCACAUAGUUUGGACAUGGUUCAUGCAUGAUAGCCUUCACAACUUUAUGGGGACACCUCGGCCACAGUAUGUGACAUACAUGGAUGUAUAUUGA